AUGCUGCGCGCGGCGGCGGCUGCCGCCGCCAUCUUCCCGGCGCGGUUCGCCGCCGCACCGGCCGUGGCGGCGGCGGAGGACCUCAGGUCCCCGCUGCUCAGGGUCCUGGGGACGCUGAGGGGCGGCCGCAGCUCGGUGCUGCUGGGGAGGAGGGCGCGAUUCUGCUCCAACUCAAGCGACACCGAGGCGGCGGCGGCAGCAGAGGCGGAGGCGAAGGCCGAAGAUGCGACCGUUGCGGAGGGGGAGGCGGACGGCAAGGCGUCCUCCGCCAUCGUGCCCACCAACCCUCAGAUCGAGGACUGCCUCUCGGUUGUAGCAUUACCUCUUCCACAUCGACCACUCUUUCCUGGAUUUUACAUGCCAAUCUAUGUAAAGGACCAAAAGCUCUUGCAAGCCCUAAUAGAAAAUCGCAAAAGAUCAGCUUCGUAUGCUGGUGCCUUUCUUGUGAAAGAUGAAGAAGGCACUGACCCUAAUAUUGUGACUGGUUCAGAUUCAGAGAAAAGCAUUGAUGAUCUGAAAGGGAAAGAUUUGCUUAAGCGUCUUCAUGAAGUUGGGACGCUUGCUCAGAUUACAAGCAUUCAAGGGGAUCAGGUAGUGCUACUUGGUCACAGGCGUUUACGGAUAACUGAGAUGGUUGAAGAGGAUCCACUAACAGUUAAAGUUGACCAUCUAAAGGAAAAGCCCUACAACAAGGAUGAUGAUGUUAUAAAAGCUACUUCAUUCGAAGUUAUAUCAACUUUACGGGAAGUUCUAAGGACAAGUUCCCUUUGGAAGGAUCACGUGCAAACCUACACACAGCACAUUGGUGAUUUUAACUACCCAAGGUUAGCAGAUUUUGGUGCUGCUAUCUCUGGUGCCAACAAGUUGCUUUGCCAGGAGGUGCUCGAGGAAUUAGAUGUAUAUAAACGUUUGAAGUUGACUCUGGAGUUAGUAAAAAAGGAAAUGGAGAUUAGUAAGUUGCAGCAAUCCAUAGCAAAAGCAAUAGAAGAAAAGAUUAGUGGAGAUCAGCGACGUUACUUAUUGAACGAGCAACUUAAGGCGAUCAAGAAGGAGCUGGGUUUAGAGACUGAUGACAAAACAGCAUUGUCUGCAAAAUUUAGGGAACGUAUAGAAUCAAAGAAGGACAAGUGUCCUCCUCAUGUUCUUCAAGUCAUUGAAGAAGAGCUUACCAAGCUGCAACUUUUGGAAGCCAGUUCUAGUGAGUUCAAUGUAACUCGUAAUUAUUUGGACUGGCUGACAGUAUUGCCAUGGGGAAAUUAUAGUGAUGAAAACUUCGAUGUCCACCAUGCUCAGAAAAUUCUCGAUGAAGACCAUUAUGGUUUGAGUGAUGUAAAAGAGAGAAUACUGGAAUUCAUAGCAGUUGGGAAGUUAAGAGGGACUUCACAAGGCAAGAUCAUAUGUCUUUCUGGCCCGCCUGGAGUUGGUAAAACCAGUAUUGGUCGUUCAAUUGCACGUGCACUAAACCGACAGUUCUAUAGGUUUUCUGUUGGAGGUUUGGCUGAUGUGGCAGAAAUCAAGGGCCAUCGACGGACGUAUGUUGGUGCAAUGCCAGGGAAGAUGGUGCAAUGUCUUAAAUCAGUCGGGACAGCAAAUCCUCUAGUGUUGAUAGAUGAGAUUGACAAGCUUGGGAGGGGGCAUUCUGGCGAUCCAGCUAGUGCAUUGUUGGAACUUCUCGAUCCUGAGCAGAAUGUUAAUUUCUUAGAUCACUACCUCGAUGUUCCUAUUGACCUAUCUAAGGUUCUGUUCGUUUGCACAGCAAACGUUAUAGAGAUGAUACCAAAUCCAUUGCUGGAUAGGAUGGAGAUCAUUGCAAUAGCUGGAUAUAUAACUGAUGAGAAGAUGCAUAUUGCUCGGGACUAUCUUGAGAAGAAUACAAGAGAGGCUUGUGGCAUUAAGCCUGAACAGGUUGAAGUUACAGAUGCUGCUCUUCUUGCCCUUAUAGAAAAUUAUUGCCGAGAAGCUGGAGUGCGGAACCUUCAAAAGCAGAUUGAGAAAAUUUACCGUAAGAUAGCUCUGCAGCUUGUUCGUCAAGGGGUAUCAAAUGAGCCAAAAGACCAGGAGGCUCUCAGUGUCACAGCAAAUGAGGAAAUUAGUAGUAGUGAUGGUGCUGCAGCAAAAGAUGAGAUUUUGAAGGAUUCUGCCGUGGAAGAUGCUUCUGUCACCAACAAUAUUGUAAAUCCUGCCUCUGAGGAAGCUAAUGAAGUAAAUUUAGCUAACGAAGCAGUAGUUCAUGAAGUGCAUACGACUGAAGCACCCAAAGAAGACAAUGUAUCUGAGGGCAAGGACACAGAUGGAGCAAAAGAAUGUGCAGCAGACAAGACAAUUGAGAAGGUUGUGGUUGAUUCAUCAAACCUUGGUGAUUUUGUUGGGAAGCCUGUGUUCCAGGCUGAGCGUAUAUAUGAACAGACUCCUGUUGGAGUGGUGAUGGGUUUAGCUUGGACUGCUAUGGGCGGUUCUACUUUGUACAUCGAAACAACAAAAGUGGAGGAAGGGGAAGGGAAAGGUGCCCUUGUGCUGACAGGACAGCUUGGAGAUGUUAUGAAAGAGAGUGCUCAGAUUGCCCAAACAGUUGGCAGGGCUAUAUUACUGGAGAAAGACCCAGAUAAUCAAUUUUUUGCGAACUCGAAGCUGCACUUGCAUGUUCCUGCAGGGGCCACCCCUAAGGAUGGCCCAAGUGCUGGAUGCACCAUGAUAACAUCAAUGCUGUCCUUAGCCAUGGGAAAGCCUGUCAAGAAGGACCUCGCAAUGACGGGUGAAGUAACAUUAACUGGGAGAAUCCUCCCAAUCGGUGGGGUAAAAGAGAAGACCAUUGCUGCAAGGAGAAGUGCAAUCAAGACACUCAUAUUUCCAUCCGCUAAUAAAAGGGACUUUGAUGAACUUGCUUCUAAUGUGAAGGAAGGUCUCGAAGUUCAUUUUGUUGACACAUACAGUGAAAUAUAUGAUUUAGCUUUCCAGAGUGACUCCGGGACAGAAACAAGCUAGCAGAUGAAGAUCAUGGACCAAAGACGUCAGCAGGCAGAGCAUUGUAACCAAGAGUGGAGUUAAUUGACAUGAUGACAAUUUUAUUUUUGCCCCAUAAGACAUUCAAUUUAAGAAAUUUUGGCUAGGUGGUUGUAGUGAGGUAGCUCAGUCAGGUGGUAUUAUGAAUAAAGAAAAGAAAGCAGUGUAAACCAAUAUAUCCAAAAGCACAAGGGAUGCACGAGGAGUUGUUAUUUAUUUAAUUUAUUUUGUUUUUGGUGCGGGAGUUGUCAUUCCUUUGAUACGGUAACAGUUCUGUAAACCAUUCGUUUAAGUCCUGCCAUUCUGUUGUGGAGGAGAGGGAGGCAUGAGAUUGCAGUAGGAGCAGAGAGCCAACUGCUUGUAUCAAUCAAUCAAUUUAUCUAUCCUCGGAUUCUCUUCGCUGGCAAAAAAGGUAAAAUGGCUGGAACGCUUGCCUGCUUCACGGCAAAGCCCUAAAUUUCGCAUUGCAAAAGUGUAAUAUUUGAUUUGAAUUUGUAUCCCUUUGAACAUUCGAUUUGCAUUUACCCUUCGUAUUCUUUCAUGUAAGAAGCGAGGGGUGCGUCCCCGGCUGAUGCAUAUCAACAUAUUCUUUGUUCC